AUGGUUUCUUCGGCUCUCUCGAGGCUUGUCAACCUUCAAAGGCACUUUCAAGUUCCCAAGGGUAGUGACGACAAUUUGUGCAUUGGCAUGGUAAAGUUAACCCCUGAUGUUUCUGAAGCGUUAUCGCGUGGAAGAGCUGUUGUUGCACUUGAAUCCACCAUAAUAUCACAUG